CCUUCCAGAAUAGCCAUGAACUGUUAUUGGAAAGUCCUGGCAAUUUUCUUACUAUUUCUUCCAAGUGCCUUGUCUCUCCAGCCAGCCCAGCCCAGAGUGUUGCUAGUAUCUUUUGAUGGAUUUCGAUGGGAUUACAUCUAUAAAGUCUCAACUCCCAAUUUUCAUUAUGCCAUGGAGAAUGGUGUUCAUGUCAAACAGGUCACUAAUGUGUUUAUAACGAAAACGUAUCCUAAUCAUUAUACAAUGGUGACUGGUCUCUAUGCAGAAAGCCACGGUAUAGUUGCUAAUGAGAUGUAUGAUCCUAUUCUGAAUGAAACUUUCUCUCUGAACAAAAUGGAUAUCCAUAACUCCAAGUUCUGGGAAGAAGCCAGCCCAAUAUGGGUAACGAACCAGAGAGAAGGACAUAAAACCGGCGCAGCUAUGUGGCCUGGAACAGAUGUAAAAAUACAUGGAGUCUUUCCUACAUAUUAUAUGCCCUACAAUGAAUCUGUUUCCUUUGAAGAUAGAGUUGCUAGGCUUAUUGACUGGUUUACGUCAGAAGAACCCAUAAACUUUGGUCUCCUAUAUUGGGAACAGCCUGAUGAGAUGGGCCAUAUUCUGGGCCCAGAAAACCCACUUAUGGGACCGGUAAUUAGUGAUAUUGACAAAAAGCUGGGCUAUCUUAUGUCUGAGCUGAAGAAAGCGAAGCUGUGGGAUGUCAUAAAUGUCAUAAUCACAAGUGAUCAUGGAAUGUCACAGUCCUCCUCAGAAAGGCUCAUUGAGCUUGAUCAGUAUGUGAAUAGGGAGCUCUAUGAAGUCAUUGACCAUUCUCCUGCAGUAGCUAUUUUGCCAAAAGAAGGCAAACUGGAUGAAGUAUAUGAAGCUUUGGCCAAUGCUCAUCCCAACAUGACUGUACAUAAAAAGGAGCAGAUUCCAGAUAGAUUACAUUACAAACACAACAGUAAAAUUCAACCGAUCUUAGCAGUGGCUGAUAAAGGAUGGGAAAUUGUAUAUAAUAAGUCUGACGUUGGUAAUCAUGGAUAUGACAGCAUCUUACCAGAAAUGCAUCCAAUUUUUUUGGCAGUUGGGCCUGCUUUCAGAAAGAAUGCUGCCAAAGAAGUCAUGAAUGCUACAGACUUGUACCCCUUAUUGUGCCAUCUACUUGGUAUUAACCCACUGCCAAACAAUGGUUCAUUCAAUGCCGUGAAAGAUAUACUUGCUGAAGAAGUUCCUGUAGCCUUUGGAGCAGACACCUAUGCUACUGUUGUAGGAGUCUUUCUGGGCAGCUUUCUUGUUAUGGUUUUUAUUGCAGUUUUUGUUAAGCAUUUUAUCCUCACCCAAGCAAAUACCAUGCAAAUGCAACGUACUGAAGCUGCCCAGCCACUGUUGCAGGAUUAAUAACGCUUGGUACUAUUUCCUGUUUGAUGCUUAAAAUAAGCUUAUACAAAAAAAAAAAAAAAAAAGAGGUGGAUUAGCGUAAAUACGUGGAGUAAAAGGAAAUGGAUGCUGAUCCAUUGGUACACUGGAGUACGUACAUACUAGCUAUGCAGAGAAAGAGCAUGUUUCUGUUUCACCCCACAACCACUUUACCUUUCAGGGGUUGAAAAUAUUCUAGGUGAACAUGGAAAGCUGUGUAUAUAUGUAGACAUGUAGUGACAAUAGAACUUGAAUACCUCAUGCUGAGCUACUUUUAGGGAAACAACAUCAACUGAGGUGCACUUCACAGACUAUUACAUGGUGAUUUAAUUUCCCACCCCACCCCCUUUUUUUUACUUUGAGACUUUUUAAAGUCUCUUAGAUUCUAACAAGUCACUGAAUGUGACUAGACUUCUUUGGGGUUUUUUCUUCCCUGCCCAAGGAAGGUUUUGCAUGGAUCACCAUUACAGAUAGCUGGGUGGAUUAAAUCCUGCAGAAAGCAACAUUAUUAUUAAGCUAGGUCAUGCAGACCUAAGUUUAGAGUUAGGCAUAUUUAUUUAAACUACUGUGUUAAUUGUAGCCCCAAAAUAUGAAUCUAGGUGGUAUUGCCUUUAGCAAUCAGCAUUAAACUACUUGAUUUUUUUUUUUUUUUAUUUAGGUAAGUAUAGGUCUGUACGAUUUUAGGUACAAUUUUAGGUGAAUGUAGGUCUUUACUUUUUCUAUAGUUUCCUGUACACUGGACUAAAUUUUCUAGGAAUUCCACGCGGCUGGCACUUUAAAGACACAUACAAGCACAACACUUGUAUAUCCAAAUGGAGUCUUUUAUAUUUCUGUGAUAAGAGGGUUCUUUCAGAAUAAGGCAGAUGAAUCAGUUAAGGCACAUACAUGUACAAGCUGGUUUCACAGUGCUGUCAAGCUUGUCACUGGGUGUAACAUCUGAUCGGUUACUGGAGAUUCUUCUCUAGUGUGAGCUUGGCUUGCUGUCUUGUGUUUUAUCUGGUAUGUCUGGGUGAAUCUUAGAAUUUGAUGAGUAGGAUUAGACAGGCAAUUUAAGGAACAGCGGUAUAAAUCUUAAGCCAUAUAUACUCUUAUAUCUGAAAAAGCACACUUUAAUAUGAAAAAAGGUAUAAGACUGGAUUUUGUUCUUCCAGAGGAAAGUCUCUGUCAGGGAAAAUUAAUAAUUCUGAAUCAACAAAACUACGUAUUACUCUGAUUCUUCUGUGUGGGGUAAUAUGUCUUCUUGCUAUUGUACUUGUGGGUUUUUUGAUGAGCUCACUUAAAUGGUAGGUGAGAAGCUGCUGACUAAGGUUUGUAUGAAAAACAUGAAGUAAGAAAAGUUGUCCAGUUGCCAGACUUGUUUAAAAGCUGAAUUUUUUUUCCCUCCCUGGGUGAGUUAGUAUUACUCUGCACUUUGCUUCUGAGUACAAUGCCUGAAGGAGAAAGAAACUCUUUCAAAAUUCACACAAAUACUCAGUCUGGUAUUUCUGUAAGUGCAAUUUAUUGCUUUAUCCGCAGCACCCAGCAGAAGGCAAAGAUGGGAACAUCUUGACCUUGGAUGUGCUCUGUCAAACUAAUGGUGUGACUACCAGUCUAGUACUGCAAUUGGGAGGGUUGCUAGCAGCCCUAGCAAGGAGCUGCAACAAGCUGACUAACUGAAGUACAAAACUCAUUUUGCUGAACUUAAUUCCAGACUUAAUGAAUGACAUCUAGGUGAGUUCAGAAGUGAGCUUACUUCUCACUGCCUCAGUGAUGACUCUACAGUGCCAUGUUACGAACUGUCUGCUGCUCGCUGCGUCAGAAGUAAUCUGUUGGAUUCCUCCACGGUGGCAGGGACACUUGCUUAGCAUUAAGCUGUCUUGCAAACAGAUGUGGAAAGUUUCCAGAGACCACAGCUAGGUGCAGUGAAUGCUUGAGAGGGAACGCAAUGAAAUACUCCAACUUAAGAUAUAUGCUGAAAAUCUAGAUGUAAUAGUAGCUUUAGGAAGGGAGGAAACUAGCAGAUCUGUUGGAGGACAGCCUCUUAAUUUGGGGGAUAUGUAUGAAGUCUUGUGUAACUUAAUCUGACUCAUCUCUGCAAUUCUGCUGUUACUGUUCUGUGUCCUGCCUUGUUUUCCUACAUUGCCAUUUUCUUAAGGAAACACUGAAGGAAAACAUCUGGGUUAGGUGUGCCUGACACUGUAAAGCUGAUUCUUAGUGGAGCUGACCAUUAGGUAUGUCUUAAGUUUAAUUUGCUGAUGCCAGCUAAAACUGAAUGCUGCAGGGGCUUUUCAAGCUGAAAGAUGAAAGCAGUAAUGAUGUUCACAGUAGCUCCUAGAGAGGCUGGGGAAGUCCAGGUAGAAAACCGAAACCUCUAAAUGGUUACUAAUCACUUCCCUAGCUACCUUCCAAAAAGUGGAUGGCAGAUAGCAAACUGGUGCAUUGAGUCCACCUUUUCUUGCUUAUUUGCAACUUAAAAACGAAUUGUAGCACAAACUUCGUGUGUGUUUAAAGAGAGAUCUACAGGCCUGGUUAAGGGAAUAACAGUGAAAAUUGGAGAUGCUGUAAUCCUCACCUGUAGCUACUUCAGUUACACACUUUGUCACUUUGGAACAUGCUGCUUUAAUAGAAAUUCUUCUUACUGCAGUAAUUUCAUAGCAAUGCUUAUGGCAGAUGUAAAAAUAACUGGACUGUAAUCUCAGAGGUGUUCAUUAAGCUCCCACUUUUUUAAUUGUGACAGGUGUAGUUCUGUCGUCAGCCAAAGUGACCCUUGAUUUUUAAGGAGAGGGCAAAGUUGGUCAGUGUUGUUGAGUCAUCCUGCGACUUAGGCUUACCUGCCCAAACAUGCAACAAGGGAAGAGCAGUAGGCUUUCCCUAAGAAAGGGUUUGGGAACAAUAAUAUUUAAAAUAGAUUGGGAACACGAACAUGAGAAUUCUUCUCGAUGUCGUUGUUCUGUAUUGCACUAUAAGGCCCUUCUUUGGGGAGGGUAAAAUGAAACUUUGGGGAAAACUGAAGGGAAUCUUUCAGCAUUUGGGUAUUUCAGUUCAGGUUUAAACAUGUUUCCUUUGUUGCUUAGGUGUAUUUGCAGGUACCUCUUGGGUAGUUACCUUGUUAGGAUAUUUGCCUAGCCAGUGUUAAACACUGUUUUAAGUUGUUGGGUGUAUGCAUAAUGAAAUUGAAAGCACAUAUGAUGCCACUGGAGAAAAAUAUCAACUUUGAUGUGAUGUGAGAUUUUUUCAGACUACCUUUUUGGUUGGGGAGGACAAGGGAUUUGGUUUCUGUGUAUGUGAUACUUCUUAUGAUGUACGAACAAGUUUAUUGGAAAGUGGGUUUGAGUACACUAUGUACUACUUGUAACUUAAGCUUGGAAACUGAGAAGCUUGCAUGAUUUUGUCUUUCAUUAUUGACCUGUGAAGCAUACUUUGAGAUGUCAAACGUUUUCUUUGUUUCUUCCUGUUUGGAAAUGUUGAAGUUGAAAUAUAUCUUUGCUAUAGUGCUAUAAA